AACAGAAACAGGAAGGUGUGCGCGUGUGUGUGUGUGAGUGUGUGUGUGUGUGAGAGAGAGAGAGACAGCAGCUGAGCGACAGGCCUCCUCCUCAGCGUGUUUCCUCUGCUGCUCCGGUCCGGCCGAGGCAGACGCCCCGGAGUGUGUGUGAGGCUGUGUGACAUGCUGGAGGAGGAUCUCUAGAGCGCCGAGACGAGGAUGGACUUCCACCAGAGGGCCGCUCUGGACAUCUCCACCAAGAACCCACAGGAAGACUUCGAGAUCCUCCAGAGGGUCGGAGGAGGGACCUACGGGGACGUCUACAAGGCUCGUCACAAGCAGAAUGGAGAGCUGGCGGCAAUCAAGCUCAUCAAAAUGGAACCAGAGGAUGAUUUUUCCAUCAUCCAGCAGGAAAUCCUCAUUGUCAAAAGCUGCAAGCAUCCCAACAUCGUGGCUUAUUAUGGCAGCUACAUCCAAGCCAAUAAGCUGUGGAUCUGCAUGGAGUUCUGUGGAGGAGGCUCGCUGCAGGACGUCUAUCACGUGACCGGCCCUCUGUCCGAGCCGCAGAUCGCCUACAUCUGCAGGGAGAUGCUGCAGGGUGUGGACUACCUGCACGCUCAGAAGAAGAUCCACAGAGACAUCAAGGGUGCCAACAUCCUUCUCAACGACCAGGGCCAGGUCAAGCUGGCUGAUUUCGGGAUCUCGGCUCAGAUCACAGCCACGCUGGCUCGCAGGAUGUCCUUCAUCGGGACGCCGUAUUGGAUGGCGCCAGAGGUGGCCGCCGUGGAGAUUAAAGGCGGCUACAACGAGCUGUGUGACAUCUGGUCCGUGGGCAUCACGGCCAUCGAGCUGGCGGAGCUGCAGCCGCCCAUGUUUGACGUUCACCCGCUGCGAGUCCUGUUCCUCAUGUCCAAGAGCGGCUACCAGCCCCCCAAACUCAAAGACAAGUCCAAAUGGUCGUCCACGUUCUAUAACUUUGUGAAAGCCAUGCUGGUGAGGAACCCCAAGAAGAGACCCAGCGCCUCCAAGAUGCUCUCACACUUGUUUGUGACCCAGCGGUCCCUGACCCAGGACCUGACCCUGGACCUGCUGGAGAAGUGCCGAGACCCGGAGAAGCUGAAGAGCGCCUCAGUGUCCGAGGACGACGAGAUGGAGGUGGCAGUUCCUGGAUCUUUGAGGAGGAUUCAGUCUGUGAACAAACACAACCGAGCCGAGAGGACCAACUCUGACAUCAGUCUGGAUCAGAUCUACACCCAGAGGCCGGUAAAGACAGAAUCCCCUAAAGACGUCACGUUAAAACUGUCGGUACAGUCAGCAGAAAGCGGUCCAGCCAGACACCAGGACACCGUCUCCGACGAGGACGACGACUACGACGAUGUUGACAUCCCGACGAUGCAGCCCGGCAGCCACAUGCCGCCACAGGACGAAACACCUCCACCACUUCCUCCCAAGCCCAGAGGACGCUGCAGUCCAGAAACCUUCUCGUGGGAGGAGGAUCGGGGGCGGAGCCCCAGCUCCCUGUGCGCCCCGUCGCCCCUGGUCAGGACCUCCAGCGGGACGCAGGUUCGAUCAGCAGCUCAACAUCAAACCCCGCGACUCCCAGACUCGGUGUCUCUGACCGUCCCGUGGAACAGCAGCCCAGCGGAGCACAGUCCUCCUCAGCUCCCUCCCAAAGGCAUCCGCAGACGGCCCACCCCGUCCAAGAUCCCUGCUGAGUGUGUCAGCCCCGUCAUGAAGAAACCUCCAAUCUACUUCAAGAAGGUCUUCCAUGGCUGCCCUCUGAAGAUCAACUGCUCCACCAUGUGGGACAACCAGACCUCUAAAGACCAGCACCUGAUCGUGGGGGCGGAGGAAGGGAUCUACACCCUCAAUCUGAACGGCGCCGAGGCCACCAUGGAGCUGCUGUAUCCUGGGAAGUGUACCUGGGUCUACACCAUCAAUAACGUCCUCAUGUCUGUGUCAGGUAAAUCCUCACAGCUUCACUCCCACAUGCUGAAAGAGCUGUACGAACAGGCUCGCAAAGACCAGAGGAUGGUUCCCCUGCCCACCCCAAGACUCCUGCCCCGGAAAUGCGCCAUCACCACGAAAAUACCAGACACCAAAGGCUGCAGGACCUGUUCAGUCGGCUCCUCCUUCCUGUGCUGCGCCCUGGAGUCCAGCGUGGUGCUGCUGCAGUGGUACGAGCCCAUGCAGAAGUUCAUGCUGAUCAAGCACUUCGACUUCCCGCUGCCCAGUCCUCUCAGGGUCUUCGAGAUGGUGGUGGUGCCCCAGCAGGAGUACCCCCUGGUGUGCAUCGGCGUGUCUCGGGGCUCCGGCCCCAACCAGCCCGUCAGCGUGGAGUACAUCAACCUCAACUCCAACACGUCCUGGUUCAGCAGCUCCGGCCUGGAGAAACCCUGUCCAGAUGUGGUUCAGGUGAACCAGCUGGACAGCAGCUCGCUGCUCGUCCUCUUGGAAAGGUCGGCCUACAUCGUGGGUCUGGACGGACAGCUGUGGAGCAGCAGGUCUGUGCCGUACGAAGCCACCUUCUCUCAGAAGGUGGACUCUAUAGUGUUUUUCGAGGACUCGCUGUUAGCCAUGUGGCGUCACGGCUGGCAGAGGAGGGGGAGAGGCUUCAAGGAGGUGCUGGAGGAAGAGACCGACCACAAGAAGAGCUACAGACUGCUGCAGUCAGACAACAGGCUGGUGGUCCUGGAGAAGCGUCCAUGCGAGGACAACACGGGGAUGUCCAACCUGUACAUCCUGGAAAUCGCUGAGAAGUACGUCAUGCUGCCCUGACUCUCCACCGCGAGUCCGCACAAGGGAUGAUGGGAAAACGCCCCGACCCGUGCCUGUGCGGAGGCCUCGGACUGGAUCUGCGAUUAAGAGACAUGUGGCGCUUCGAGGCCGGCGCCGCCGCAGUGUUUAUUGUUUUGAUGAAAUGUGUCAAAGGGAAGCGAGGACGGCGGUCUGGACUGUGUCUGAUGAGUCUUCCUCUCUGGUUUAUGUUGGAUUUGGGUUGUGAGGCCGAGACUGAGACGGCCGGGACAAAACCCUGAAGGAGACGAGACGUGAGAGAAGCUCCUCCUCCAACACUAAAGAGGAGUCUGCCUUCUGCCACACAGCCCUGUGUGUGUGUGUGUGUGUGUGUGUGUGUGUGUGUGUGUGUGUGUGUGUGUGUGUGUGUGUGCGCGUAUUGGAUCAGAGAUAGACUUUUUUUUACUGCUGUUACACUGAAAUAAAGUUAGUGGACACACGCUGAAGUGGACUGUGGUGAUGUCGGAGGACAGAGAGACAGAGAGAGUGUCCUGGUGCGAGACGAUCACAGAUAAUGAACGCAAAAUAUGCCACUACUGAAAGCUGACAGUUCUGAAUUAACUAGAUAAACACAACUCUGUGUGUGUGUGUGUGUGUGUGUGUGUGUUCAUCUCAGGAACAUUUUUCAUCCGUUUUUGUCUUUGUAAAAAUAUUUUCCUGUCAUCUAAAGAUUGAAGCGUCCAGAAAGCAGCAUGAGAUGAAUGAAACAGAUAAAGAAGAUGUACCGUACAGUAAAAACUAAAAACACACAAAAAAUAGAAAUAAUAAUUGCAUAAAAGUUCAAUCACACGGAAAUACAAAGAAUGUUGAUCAAAGCCGUAUAAAUAGAAAAGUCUUGCUGCAUGUUGAAACCUGGGCGUAUUUUGUAAUUGAGAAUAAACAGUU